AUGUACUAUGGUAAGGUCGGGAAGCCGGGCUGUCUCAUGUAUAACGGAACGUGUGUGGAUGAAUGCCCCGAAAACAUGCAUAGGUUGAACAGUGAAUGCCGGCCGACGCCAUCUCAGCGUACGUGCGACGAACCGGUCGCAUUGUCGAUGGGAGCGAUCUGCGACUGGUCGCGCUGCGAUUGCGACUUUCCGUUUGUGCUACAUCUACCCUCGGGGUACUGCUUCGCGUACGAAGAUUGUCCGUACACCGGUCACUGUCCUCUGCUUAAGUUUCGCUAUGGCAAGUGUUAUGGCGAUAAUACCAGGCAAAUACUACGAGAGAUCCGCUCUAAGGGACUUUUUAACAAACCCCUCGAGUACCGCAAAGGGGACAACUACGAGGUAAACAAUUUGCCUCGUCGCGAUUUGCCUUCGCGCGACGUCUACGAUGGAUUGAGCAAUCGACAGACCGCCUACAUGACUGGGUACACGGGAUAUGUUCCCGGGAUGAGCUUUGCUUACGGCAAAUCGUACGGACGGACAGCUGACGACUGCAUGGCGGAUUUCUCACGGAACCAACGCCAGUUGAAGCGAAAAGCCGAUUUGAACAAGAGCUAUGUCAGAUCGCGCAGCGCCCCAAAAAUGGAGACCAUACACUCUAGGGACGAGAUCAGACGCGAUCUCAACAGAUUUACUGAGAUCAACAAAUACAAGGAAAACACAAUAUCACCAGAAUUUCCACCCAUAGCUGGCUACACAGGCCACAUACCUCGCAUCAAAGGAUCCGAAGCAUCACUCAGCCAACGUUAUCACUGUGCUGCAAAGCGGGGAUUAGAAUUAAUACAAAUUGAACGAGAAAAUAGGAAAGAACUACAAAACGCCGACGCGAAUAUUCGCGCCAUUUUAAAACCAAACGAUAAAAAAUACUCCUAUUGGAAUUGGGGAUAG